AUGCUCCAGGCAAGUGCAGUACCGAGCAGCCGGAGCCCUCGGACCGCCGCUCUGCCGGCCAUGAGCAGCGGCGACACCCAGUACGAGGACACUGUCUCCAGCAGGGUGCUGGAUGAUAUCAAGCGCCGGUUGCUCAGCGCCUUCAGGGGAGCCCCGGCUCCGUGUGAGCUCGCCCAGCCCAGCAGCCUGAGCAGGAACGCCCGGGUGGACGAGGAGCUCCGCAGAGCGCAGAUCGACGGAGCCAUUAGCUGGGUCCGGACCGAGCUGUUGGAGAUGCGAUGCCAGGACCGGCAGCUGGCCAGAACCUUACUGGAGUUGAACAGCGAAAUCCAAGAGCUGAGGAGAGAACAGGAACUGCGCACGUUCUCGGGCGGCCGGCCCCCGCCAGCGCGACCCGCGGGCAUUAAGCAGAGCCGGGCCGGUGCAGCCGUCGGCACUGCUGGAAAGGAGUACACUUAAUAUAGGACCACCGCCCAACAUUAACACCCCAUUUUGGAGCCGCCGAUCCAGAAAGAUGAGGACACAACAAAAAAGCAGUGCAGUUUUGUCUUAUGCAGAAAGUUAUUGCAAUGUAACACGUCAAGUCGAAUUAAGUAUCGUCCGUGGAUUAUUUUUUGUAGAAUUCAAAUGCCUUCUGCACGCAACAGGCGUAAUAGUUAGAUGAAUUGCAAACGGAACCCACGCUGCAUCUUGUCCUUCUGAGGGCACACGGGUGUUAGCGCGGAAACGUGCGCUGACCUUCCCAGGCAGAGUGCGGGUGCAUGUCAUCGGCUGAGGGCAUUCAAGAGCCUGUCGGCUUGGACACCUGUAACGGGGCUGGCCCGGCUUUUCCCGCCGGUUAUAAUCGCUAGCCGAGGGGCUGACCUCUUUCGGAAAUCGGUUAGGGUUUGAAUGUUAGCGACACACAAUGCUGGACAGCAUCCAUGCUGCCUGGCCUGCUGAGUUUCUCCAGUAUUGUGUGUUGCUCGGAUUUCCAGCAUCUGCAGAUUUUCUCUGGUUUAGGGUCUGAAUGUAGCCGGCGCUCUACUUUACAGGGUCCAUGGCGCCAGGAUGGGCAGGAGUUCGCCUGCUCCCAGGAUUGGGCAACAAUCUGAUCUUAUUGUCCUUCGCCUCAAUGCAUUGUUUAUAAAAGAAAGUCAACUUAAAUGGGAGAGAAUACCCGACUCUUCAAAAAUGAGGCUUUACUGGAUUGCAGCCUCUUUUGUCGGUGCCCAUUGAACCGUACCAGUAAUCCCGGCCUGGCCUCAUGCCCCAGGGAUCUGAGUUAUCCACAGUGUAAAUUUGGAUAAAAUUUGAACAUAACGUAACAUGAUGAUGUUGACGAUAUAAAACUUCGUACUAUUGGGAUGAAAACUUGUUCUGUUUGCCCAGCCUGCUCACUGCGUGAUUCCAGACUCACUUCAAUGUGGUCGGAGUCCAGUCACCCUCCCAAAUCCAACAGCAAGCCAUUCGGAUCUAGGACAAUUAGAGACAGGUAGCAGUUAGUUAGGAAUGUCCAAAUCAAAAUCAAAGCAAAUUUAUUAUAAAGGUACAUAUAUACAACCCCGAGAUUCAUUUUCUUGCAGGCAUUUACAGGAAAAUAAAGAAAUACAAUAGCAUUCAUGAGAAACGAUACAUAAACCAAGACUGACAAAUAACCAGCAUAGAAAAGAAGACAAAUUGUACAAAUAUGAAUAAUCCUGAGAACAUGAACUUCAGAGAAUCCAUAGGUUGUGGAAUCCGUUCGGAACUAGGUUUAAUAUCACCGGCAUAUGUGGUGAAAUUUGUUGUCUUUGCGGUAGCAGUACAAUGCAAUACAUAAUAAUAGAAAAGAGUGAAUUACAUUAAAUAUAUAUAUAGUUAAAAAGUAGUGCAAAAAAUAGAAAUAGAGAAGUAGGUUCAAUAUCCAUUCAGAAAUCUGACGGCAGAGGGGAAGAAGCUGUUCCUGUAUCGCUGAGUGUGUGUCUACAGGCUUCUGUACCUCCUCCCUGACGGUAACAAUGAGAACAGGGCAUGAUCUGGCUGAUGGGGGUCCUUAAUAAUGUUGAAGUGAGUGAAGUUAUCCACACUGGUUCAAGAGCCUGGUAGUAACUGUUCUGAAAUCUGGUGGUGUUCGACCUGAGGCUCCUGUAUCUCCUUCCUGAUGGCAGCAGUGAGAAGAGAGCAUGGCCUGGGUGGUGGGAGAUUCUG